AUGAGUUUCUCACAAAUUGGUCUGUCUUCGGACGCCAGCAACGAUACUACCGCCGCUACUGAGACUACAGGCUUCUUGAUGGAAGCAGGGCGAUGGAGUCCGCUUACAAGCUUUCAGGAAGACAAAAAGGUUGUGAUCAAGAAUGUUUCAAUCCCAGAGCCUGGACCAAAUCAGUUCCUCAUCAAGAUUGCUUCAGCAUCACUAUGUCACAGCGAUAUCAUGGCCAUCGAUGCCGGUCAAACGCACACCCUUGGACAUGAAGGUGCUGGCUAUAUCGAGAAGAUCCAUCAAUCCGUUGAAGGCAAAGGCUUCGCCGUCGGUGACUCGAUUGGCUUCCUCUACAUCAUAGGUUGCUGCUUUGAGUGCGAGGGGUGCAUGAUCCAUAACACACACUGCAUUACUGGCAAACAGCGUGUUCAGGGCUUUACCACUGACGGUUUCUUCGCGGAAUAUGCUCUCGUUGACUACCCCAAUUGCAUCAAGCUACCGGGAUCGAUUGAUGUGAAGACAGCUUCGCCGAUCUUCUGUGCAGGUAUAACUGCCUUCCAUGCUGUAGACAGUUCCGAGCUCAAAGAAGGCGACUCGCUCGCCGUGGUCGGCGCUGGAGGUCUUGGUCAGCUUGCCACGCAAAUCGCCAAAGCUAUGGGCGUAAAGGUCGUGGCGCUUGAUGUGAACGAUGGCGCACUUGAGGCAUGCAAGAAGCAGGGUGCCGAUGCCGUCUUCAAUUCCAAGAACAACCCCGACUAUAUCGAUCAGCUCAAGGAACUCACGAAUGGUGGCGUAAGAGCCGCUUGCGUCUUCAGCAAUGCCCAAGCAGCAUACGCUGGCGUCCCCUCGAUUCUGUGCCUCGGUGGCAUCAUGAUGGUGAUCGGCCUUCCGUAUGAUCCUAUCCCGAUAUCUACCAUGGACUUAGCACUGGGCCGGUACAGGAUCAAAGCUGACAACACCGGCAUACCACAACGCAUGAAGAAAGCCGUGGAAUUCCUCGCGGAGCACAACAUCAAACCUGAGGUCGAGCACCGCAAACUCGAGGAGUUAGACGAUAUGGUCAACGAGAUGAGGGCUGGGAAGUCAAUCAAGAGGAUGCUGGUAGCGUUCUGA